CGAGUGUAAACAAAGUGAGAAAUACAAGUUGCGCCUCUUGACCCAGUGAAGAAAUGCCUUGAAUUACAAGCUCAACGUUGUUGUUAGAAUAUUUACAAGGGUUGUUAUUAAUGGCAUAGAAGUGUUUGCGAAAUCAAGAGAGUCACCAUGUCAGGGAAAGUGGAUCUGAAAGUCGUCAUGCUGGGGCAGGCAGCAUGUGGUAAAACAAGCCUGGUGGAACGCUUCAUCUACAACAGAUUCAACAAUAACUACCAAGCCACAAUUGGGGCGGCAUUUGGUGCUCGUCGAAUGAAUGUCCAAGGAAGAGUAAUCUGUGUUGGUCUAUGGGAUACAGCUGGCAGUGAGAGGUAUCAAGCCAUGAGUCGGAUUUAUUACAGAGAUGCUGGAGCUGCUGUAAUAUGUUACGAUAUAACAGAAAUGGAAAGUUUGGAACGAGCGAAGUACUGGGUAACAGAGGUGCAGAAGAAUGAGGAAAGGUGCCACAUAUACCUGUGUGGCACCAAGCUUGACCUGGUUUUGGAAGAGCCCCAAGUGCGGCAGCUUGAUUACCAUGAUGUUGUAGAUUAUGCUGACCAGAGACCUGGGGAGACAUUUGCCUUGACAAAACAGGAAAGAUUCAUUUAA